AUGCGUUUACUUCCAGCGGGCAUCUACACGCCGUUGCCGUGUUUCUUCGAUGACAACGAAGACCUUGACCUCGAAUCGUACGCCAAACAUGUCAAGUUCACCGCCAAAGCAGGAACUAUUCCUGUCCUUUCAGGGUCAAUGGGAGAAGCUGUCCAUCUUAGCCGCGCAGAACGAAUUCAACUAAUCAAAACCGCCCGAACGGCCCUGGAUGAGAUUAAGUUGACAGAGACCCCCAUCGUAGCCGGUGUUGGUGCCUCGAGUACUCGCGAAUCCAUCGAACUUGCAAAAGAAGCGGCCGAGGCAGGCGCUGAUUUCGGCAUGGUUAUACCCCCCGGAUAUUACGCGGGAGCCCUUCUCUCCAGUCCUGGCGCACUCAAGCAGUUCUUUAUUGACAUUGCUGCUGCAUCGCCUAUACCAAUAAUGCUAUAUAACUUCCCUGCUCUCACAAAUGGAAUAGAUCUCGACAGUGACUUGAUCGUGGAUGUGGUCAAGGAAGCGCCCAAUAUUUGCGGUGUCAAAUUGACUUGCGCCAAUGUCGGAAAACUCACACGAAUCAUGGCUAUCCUCAACAGCGCCGAAUUCCAAUCCGCCUACCCUCGCAAAUACCCCGAGAUCCCGUUCCGCGCCAUUGAUGGAUUUAUUGAUUUCCUUUUACCCUCUAUUCCUGUUGGAUCAUCAGGAGCCAUCAGUGGACUCCCAAAUAUUGCACCGAAAAUUUGCGUCAAACUAUGGGAUGUAUGUCAAGACCUUCACGAUCCCAGCAAAUACCAGGAAGCGCAAAAGCUACAAAACAUCAUCUCCCUGGCGGACGGUAUUGCCUUGAAGAUAGGAAUCUCCGGUAUGAAGAAGCUAUUGAACCAACAUUUCGGAUAUGGCGACAAACCACGACGACCACUUCUUCCCAUGAGCGAUGAAAAGGCCAAUGAGUUUUUUGCAUCGCCAUUCUUGAAGGCUUUGCUUGAAGCUGAGGCUGCUCUAUAA